AUGGAGGUCGAGCAAUCCGGGUACGAAGCUGCGCUGGACACUCUGCCUUCUUCGAUACUGAGUGCAAUUGCCGACCUUGACUUGAGCAAGAUCUGCGCCUUGGAAGAGAAAACGCGCUUUGUCAUGGCCGCCCUCAAGUCAGCCCGCAACGCUCAUGCGCUAAUCGACAAGCUGCCAGCCGAGGUCCUGGAACGCAUCUUCUUGCUCGUGCAGCGGCACUACGGCGACUUCCUGCCCAAAUGGCCAGUAUUGAAGUCGCUCGAGUGGAUUGCUAUCACACAUGUGUGUCGGCGCUGGAGGUUGAUUGCGACCGCUCAUCCUGCUCUGUGGACCACGCUCGACCUAUGCCACAAUUGGUCUGCCGAUGCCGGCCGGACGUUUCUCGCCAGGUCCGGGGAUGCGCCGUUGACAGUAUUCUUCUCGACAAGGGAUUUGGGGUACUCCAAUAAUGACAUGAAAGUGCUCAAGGACGCUUUGGACACUCACAGUGACCGCCUUGCAGUCCUCCACGUCGCUGCCGACCGCCGGAGGGAUUUCAACGAAGUCUGCGAAUUAUUCGUCGGCAUUCCUGCUCCCCGCUUGCGUAGUCUGACGCUUUAUAUCCGCCAGCCUCGUAGAAACCACGUCUACACUGGUCCAAGGAUUUUUGAAGGCACGCUCCCUCUUCUGCGCAAGCUUGUCGUCGCGUACUGCGCCGCUUGGGACAUGUUGAAUAUCAUCGACCUCACCCACCUAGCGAUAUGCAAGGUCGGCGUCGAUGAACUUCUCAAGAUUGUCGGCGCAUCACCGCACCUUGAAGAGCUGAUCUGCAUCGGCUCUGAUGAGUGGAGCCGCAGUGCCGCAAAUGAUGACCCCAGCAGCCCCUCGGUAAUCUGUCUGCCACAGCUUCGUUACCUGCAACUAUCCACCCCGGAAGGCAUAAAACGCAUUCCCUUUCUUCACCGGUUGGAGAUACCAGAGGCAUGCAACGUUCGGUUACAGCUCCUCUUAGAGGACCCCAUCACCACGCUGUUGCCGUCUAACUCCCACUUUGGCCCCCUACAACGGCCGGUGCCCACGGUGCAGCUCUGCACUGGUCGCUUUCUUUCCUGCUGGAUCGCCUUUCGCUCUGGUCAUAUUGUCGUAGAGGGACGUUGCAAUUAUUCGCAUUUCGCUGGCAUCACGAAUACCAACACCGUGCUGGAGGUUCAGUUGGACGACCUUACCGACAGAACGAGUCCAGAAGGAUGGAGUCGCCUACUUGCCAGCAUGCCGAAAAUCCGCACGCUUGUGAUUUAUGGCCGCGGUGAGGCCCGCGGCUUGAGAGGCCUUUUCGCAGUUCUAUCCUCGCGGCCUGAGGGCGCGGAAUCGCUGCUAUGUCCCGAUCUCGAGGCCCUUCACCUGGGCGCGGACCACGCGGACGCGGGAGUCGCGUUCUCCCUAUGGCAAGUGUCUGCAUUGCGCGCAAAGGAAGGAAGACCACUCCGCGAGGUCAUUGUGUUUUCUGACGGCGAGAAAGGGCACCUGGGCCGCGGCCAGUCCUCUGACGGGACUCGUCACGCCCUGAUUCUCGACGCCUCGGGGGCGCCGACGCAGGUGGACAGCAGAGCAUGGAAGUGCAACACCGUGAAAUUUGCGGAGAUUGUUGCGCGACAGGCAAGACCUCUGAGACGAGAAACAGGAUUAGAUUGGGCAUGGGUGGAGAGGAAGCGAAUCGUGCAAGAGCAGGAGACGUAGUCAAUUCCUACGCAUCGCGCGGGGAAUAGUAUUCAAUUCUGCUCACGACUUUUUGCUGUCCUGUCCGGUCAAGUACCUCGUUCUAUCAAGCCCGAAAAUACUCACGUG